UCCUCCGGCUCCUGCUCGCUCGGGCUCCGGCGCCGGCGCCGGCUCCGGCUCCUCCCGGCCGCCCGGGGCCAGGGCGACGUGAGGUUGUAAAAAUCCAUGUGGGACGGCCCCGGGGCGAGCAUCGGAAAGAUCCUCUGGAAUCAUUUUCUGGUACAGACUGUGAAAAGAAUGCAUUGAAAAUUCUGGCCAAUAGUGGAAAUAUUGGCAUAACCCCCAACUUAGUAUAGCAGUCUUUCUCUUCAGUAGCACCUCAUAAUAGAAUAAAAAUGUAUGGAAGUGCAAGAACAAUCACCAAUCUGGAAGGCAGUCCUUCCAGAUCUCCUCGUUUGCCAAGGUCUCCUCGUUUGGGCCACAGAAGAACAAGCAGUGGGGGAGGUGGAGGAACAGGCAAGACACUGUCCAUGGAGAAUAUCCAGUCCCUUAAUGCAGCCUAUGCUACAUCUGGACCUAUGUAUCUGAGUGAUCAUGAGGGGGUGGCUUCGACAACUUACCCAAAGGGCACCAUGACUCUGGGAAGGGCCACAAAUCGAGCUGUAUAUGGAGGCCGAGUCACAGCCAUGGGGAGUAGUCCCAAUAUUGCUUCUGCUGGACUUUCCCACACAGAUGUUCUUUCAUACACAGAUCAACAUGGUGGUCUGACUAGCUCAUCCCAUCAUCACCACCACCAGGUCCCUUCCAUGUUGAGGCAGGUAAGGGAUAGCACAAUGUUAGACCUUCAAGCCCAGCUCAAGGAACUUCAGAGAGAGAAUGACCUCCUCCGGAAAGAACUAGACAUCAAGGACAGCAAGUUAGGAUCUUCCAUGAACAGUAUCAAGACCUUCUGGAGUCCUGAGCUCAAAAAGGAGAGAGUCUUGAGGAAAGAAGAGGCAGCCCGAAUGUCUGUCCUCAAGGAGCAGAUGAGGGUUUCCCAUGAAGAAAAUCAGCACCUGCAGUUGACAAUCCAAGCCCUUCAAGAUGAGCUUCGGACCCAGAGAGACCUCAAUCACCUCCUGCAGCAAGAGAGUGGCAGCCGUGGAGCUGAGCACUUCACCAUUGAGCUGACUGAGGAGAACUUCCGGCGGCUCCAGGCUGAGCAUGACAGACAAGCUAAGGAGCUGUUCCUUUUAAGGAAGACCUUGGAGGAAAUGGAGCUGAGAAUUGAAACACAGAAACAGACCCUCAACGCCCGAGAUGAGUCGAUUAAAAAGCUUCUUGAGAUGUUGCAAAGUAAAGGUUUGCCUUCUAAAAGUCUCGAGGAUGACAAUGAACGGACACGGCGGAUGGCAGAGGCUGAGUCUCAAGUCAGCCACUUAGAAGUGAUUUUAGACCAGAAAGAGAAGGAAAACAUACAUCUUAGAGAGGAAUUGCACCGAAGGAGCCAACUUCAGCCGGAGCCAGCAAAGACGAAGGCUCUCCAGACUGUCAUUGAAAUGAAGGACACAAAAAUCGCUUCAUUGGAGCGAAACAUAAGGGAUCUGGAGGAUGAGAUCCAGAUGUUAAAAGCCAAUGGUGUGCUGAACACUGAGGACCGCGAAGAAGAGAUCAAACAAAUAGAGGUUUACAAAAGUCACUCCAAGUUCAUGAAAACCAAGAUUGAUCAACUGAAGCAGGAGCUUUCGAAGAAGGAGUCAGAACUUCUUGCCUUACAAACAAAGCUUGAAACCCUUAGCAAUCAAAAUUCAGAUUGCAAGCAACACAUUGAAGUGCUUAAAGAGUCGCUUACUGCCAAAGAACAGAGGGCUGCCAUCCUUCAGACCGAGGUGGAUGCACUGAGGUUACGAUUGGAGGAGAAAGAAUCUUUUCUCAAUAAAAAAACAAAACAGCUGCAGGACCUAACGGAAGAGAAGGGGACACUGGCUGGAGAGAUUCGAGACAUGAAGGAUAUGUUAGAAGUGAAAGAAAGAAAAAUCAAUGUUCUUCAGAAGAAGAUUGAAAACUUGCAAGAACAGCUUAGAGAUAAAGACAAACAACUAACCAACCUGAAAGACAGAGUAAAGUCCUUGCAGACGGAUUCCAGUAAUACGGAUACUGCACUAGCAACACUUGAAGAGGCUUUGUCAGAAAAGGAGAGAAUAAUUGAGCGUUUGAAAGAACAGCGGGAAAGAGAUGAUCGGGAAAGACUAGAAGAGAUAGAAUCUUUCCGAAAAGAGAACAAAGAUCUGAAAGAGAAGGUCAAUGCUUUACAAGCUGAACUGACUGAAAAAGAGUCUAGUUUAAUUGACCUCAAGGAACAUGCAUCUUCAUUAGCCUCAGCAGGACUGAAAAGGGACUCCAAAUUAAAAUCUCUAGAAAUAGCCAUUGAACAAAAGAAAGAAGAAUGUAGCAAAUUGGAAGCACAGUUAAAAAAGGCUCAUAAUGUUGAAGAUGACUCCAGGAUGAACCCCGAGUUUGCAGACCGAAUAAAACAACUUGAUAAAGAGGCAUCUUACUACCGUGAUGAGUGUGGCAAGGCCCAAGCGGAAGUUGACCGGUUGCUGGAGAUCCUCAAGGAGGUGGAGAAUGAAAAGAAUGACAAGGACAAGAAGAUUGCAGAACUUGAGAGGCAUAUGAAGGAUCAGAAUAAGAAGGUGGCCAACCUCAAGCACAAUCAACAGUUGGAAAAGAAGAAAAAUGCCCAAUUACUGGAAGAAGUCCGCAGGCGAGAAGAUAGCAUGGCUGACAACUCACAGCAUUUGCAGAUAGAGGAACUGAUGAAUGCAUUGGAGAAGACCCGACAGGAACUGGAUGCCACCAAGGCACGCCUGGCCUCCACGCAGCAGUCUCUGGCUGAAAAAGAAGCGCAUUUAGCCAACCUCCGGAUAGAAAGGAGAAAACAGCUGGAGGAGAUCCUGGAGAUGAAACAGGAAGCGCUGCUUGCGGCAAUCAGUGAAAAAGAUGCAAAUAUUGCCUUGCUGGAAUUGUCUGCUUCCAAAAAGAAAAAGACGCAGGAAGAAGUUAUGGCCCUCAAGCGGGAAAAAGAUCGACUCGUGCAUCAGUUAAAGCAGCAGACCCAGAACCGAAUGAAGCUGAUGGCGGAUAACUACGAUGAGGACCACCACCACCACCACCACCACCACCACCACCACCACCACCGAUCUCCUGGGAGGUCGCAACAUUCCAAUCACAGGCCGUCUCCCGACCAGAUAUGA